UUUUUUUUAGUUAUGUGUGUGAGAGAGAGAGGUAAUUUUUUUAUGUAAAAAUCUAAGUGAAACAAUAAGAUCCUCUCUUUUGUUUCUUCUUUUUUUUUUAUUUUCAUCGAUUUGGUGGUUGAUUAUCAUCGGAUAUUGUCACUGAAACAAUAUUCACCACUAGGUUGCGCAUACGUUUGGUCACCUGAUCAAAUAUGUCAACUCAACGGAAAGUGUACCGCGAAUUGUUUUUUACCUUGUUUAAGUGUGAUAUUGAUAUGUGUAAAGUAUAAAUAUAUAUGUAUAUACAUCAAUCAAUAAACUAACCUUUUUAAUUAGUAUACACAUAUCAUAUCUAAAUCAAAGGAUGAGUAGAUCAACAGAUUGGGACGUAGAACAAUAUAAAACGGAGCACGAAUGCGACGAGCAUUGGGAAUUAAGACGUAAAUUUUUAAUAACUCAUAAGGAUAAGUUUCCAGAAGACGAAUUACUAUGUUUAGCUCAAGUCUUUACCAAUGUAGAGAUUUUAGGUUGCAGAUAUCCUAAAGAAACUAUGAAUUUGAUAGCAGAGUUAGCUCAAGAUAUUGUAUGCGAAUAUAGGGAAAGAAAGAAAAAUAAAUUACAGAGAACAUUUGUCAAAGCAUCAGAUGCUGCCCGUACUAAGGCACAAGGUACAUCCAAAGUUCAAGGUAGUAGCACGGAGAAGAUGGAGACAAGUACAAAUGAUUCGAGUUCAAUUAAAAAUAAAAACAAGACAGAAAACAAGACAGAAAACAAGAUAGAAAACAAGGUAGAAAACAAAAUAGAAAACAAGAUAGAAAACAAGAUAGAAAAUGUACCUGCUAAAAAAAAUAAACCGGACACGUCUCCGUUUGGAGAUAUGGUAUUAGUCGAAAGACCUGGUGAUUUACCACAAACUAUACUUUCCUGUUCUGUCAAUCUUACCGGUGGAAAUAUUCAAUGGAAAAUAAAUAAAGCACAUAUGAACAAAUGGCAAUGCGUUAUUUUAAUUAAUGAUAAAGAAGUCACAGAUUGUUUUGGUACAAAUCCAAAACAUGCCAAAAAAGAAGCAUCGGUCAAAGCAUUACAAGAAUUACAAAAAUAUUAUUAUACUAUCAAGGUUAAGAAUAAUUUUAUUGAAGAAUCUUGUGUGACGACAACGACAAUGCUGCAGCAAAAUACUACAUCAACACCACAAGAAUCCGUUUCUGAUUCCAUUUCUGAUGACAACAUUGGUAAGAAGUUAAUGAGACUUAUGGGUUGGACUGGAGGAGGACUUGGAAAAUCUCAGCAAGGAAUUAUCGAGCCAGUUAUUGUUAAACAACAAGUUAGUCGAGAUGGUUUAGGAUUGAAAGUUAAAUCAACAAAUCUACGCGAAUUUGAAUUUAAGUGUAGAGAAAUAUUGAAAAAAUAUCAAUCGGGUGAUUUAAAAACUGAUUUAGUAUUCUCUCCAGAAUUCUCCAACGAAGAAAGAAUGGUAAUACACAAACUUGCACGACAAAUGGGCCUAAAAUCUCAUAGUUAUGGUUCGAAAGAGCAAAGAAAAUUAGUCAUAUCUCGUAAAAUUGAUUUAAGGGAUUUAGUUAUCGAAUUGGAAAGUAUUGGUGGGAGCACAGACAAAUACGAGCUUAUAAAACCAAAUUCCGUUUAGGACUAAUAUUAUAAAUAUAUAUAUAUUACCUUUCGCACUACUACAACAUGUGAGAUUCGUGUCCAAACUUUGUCUCAAACGAUAAGCAUGGAAUACAGCACUAACUUUGAUAUGCAAGUGUUAAAUCAUCGUGCAAGAAGUUAACAAGAGAUUUUCCAGUCUUAUAGAAGCAAUAUUAAAUGACAUUGAUAUACUUGUAGGUAUAUUACAAUUAUAAGUUUUAGCACAAAAAAGUAAAAAAAAAAAAAAAG